CGUGAGUCCGGCCCCCACGAGCUCGCGAGCGGUCUUGAGCUCACACCCGGCUUCUCCUCAGCCUUAUCCUGCGCGCCGCCAUCACCGUCAUGCUAGGCGCCGCUGUCCGCCGCUGCUCGGUAGCAGCAGCCGCAGUCGCCCGGACCAGCCCUCGAGGCCUCCUGCACCCCACUCCGGCCCCCGGCCCCGCCGCCGCUAUCCAGUCAAUUCGCUGCUACUCCCAUGGGUCACAUGAGACAGAUGAGGAGUUUGAUGCUCGCUGGGUGACAUACUUCAAUAAGCCAGAUAUUGAUGCUUGGGAAUUGCGUAAAGGGAUGAACACCCUUGUUGGCUAUGACCUGGUUCCAGAACCCAAAAUCAUUGAUGCUGCUUUGAGGGCAUGCAGACGCUUAAAUGAUUUUGCUAGUGCAGUUCGCAUCCUAGAGGUUGUUAAGGACAAAGCAGGACCUCAUAAGGAAAUCUACCCCUAUGUCAUCCAGGAACUUAGACCAACUUUAAAUGAACUGGGAAUCUCCACUCCAGAGGAACUGGGCCUUGACAAAGUGUAAACCCCAUGGAUGGGCUUCCUAAGGAUUUAUUGAUAAUGCUACUUGAUUGUAAACAAUCACCUGGAAAUACUGAUGAAAACAUAUUACCUUAUUUGAACAAGUUUCCCUUUGUUGAGUACCAAACCAUGUAAUGUAACUUGGACUUUAAUAAAAGGGAAAUGAGUUUGAACUGAAA